UGAGCUUGUGCGGUCCUGUGAACACAACGCGGCGGUAUAACGGUAUUACGGUACAGCGGUUUGAAACGGUACAUAACGGUACAGCGGGUGAAAGCUGGGCGCUAGGUGCCCAAUGUAGGGGAAAAUUGCAUGUGCCAUUAAUGUGAAUUUGUGCGAGGAUUAGCCCGCUGGACUUUCACCUCCUCCAGUUAGCCGGCCAGCUGCCUUUUGCGGGGCGAUUAAAUAUCUCUGAUUUUCUGGCCACGUGUUAUGCGGUCUUAACUUCUUUUUAUUUUAAUUUUUGGAAAUCAACAUUUAUUAUGCAAAUUAUCACCAACAACAAAGACUUGAGCAUCCAGCAUCCAAUCUCCAAAAAAACUUAAAAAAAGAAAAGAAAACUCUUCAACUGGAAGCGCUUUUUGGCAAUUCUUCUAGGUUUUUUUUUUAUAUUUGGUUGCUGCUCCUGCUGCUGCACACAGACAAUGACACAAAUUUGUCAUCACACACAGACAAGCGCACGCACUGAGAGCGUAGAGCAAAGGCAACGGGAAAAAGAUAAAUAAGCCAGGGAGCGGGGAGUGCGAGUGGGAGAGGAAGAAGAAGCUGGGGAGCGAAGAGUAGUACUCCGUCUCACUCGGGCACUUGACUGAACAUUAAACUCUCUAGUUUUUUGCCAAGAUGGAGAUUUUGGACCGUUAUCCUUGCCGGCAGCCGCAUAUCGUCGGCAUCUACAUCCGCCUCCUCCUUCCCAUUCAGCUGUAAAAUCCGCAUUCGCAUCCCACAUCCGCCAUCCGCCAUUCGCAAUUUUUGACAGCUGUCAGCGUGAGCGUACGUGUGUGUGCGUGUGUGCUGGCACAGUUAUUUCCACUUGGCGGCAAGGUCAGCGCGACAUGCAAAUUGAAAAGCGCCGCACGGGCAAAAACAAAGGCCAAAGGAUGCCCAGCAACAACAGCAGGAGAAACAACAACAACGACAUCAUCUAUGGUAGAAAGGAGAAAAACAAAAACAACAGCAACAACAUCAACUAACGAAAAUGUUUGAGAAAUAUGUCGCCACAUAUGUGCGCGCGUGUGAGCAAGUGAAAUUAAAAUUCCCGCAUGCCUAAUGAAUUCGCCCGCUCGUUCGCCAUCCCUCUCCCACGACCGUUAUGCGUGUGUGUGUACCAGUGUGUGUGCGUGUGUGUCGCUGACUUCGGAAUGACAACAAAAGCAACAACACUAGCAGCUACAACUAAAACAAUGGCUUGCUAAGCUGUCUUAGAAAAAAGUAUAAAACGGAGAGUCAAAGAGAUAGAGAGAGAGAGAGAACGAAAGAGAGAGAGAGAGAGGUGGAGAAAGAACGAAAGCAAAAGUGAAACUUGCAGCGAAGAAAGGAUCAGAUUCGGGAUCAGGAGUAGGAGGAGGUGGAGGAGCUGUGAGCAGGGAUCGGCGGCCAAGCAACGACAAUCGGGGGCAUGUCCACAGCCAAAAGGCUGGUGCUCUCGCUACGUGGACGCAAGAAUUCGCAGGGCAACUCGGCGACCUCAUCCACCCGCCUGGUAUCCGCCGGCACCUCGCCCGGCCAUGAGCUGGAUGAAAUAGCCGUGGUCUCGGGAACCGGAUCCAGCAGUCACCACUUCUCCUAUGGCGGCUGCCUCGCCACCGGCGAUGCGCCUCUGCCGCGCUACUCAACAGCUGCCACGCCCAGUUUGAGGCGGUCGACGGCCAUAGAUGGCGAUGCAGAUGGCAAUGACAACGAAAACCAUGUCGAUGGUUAUGGCGAUGCCAACGAUGACGAUGACGACGUUGAUGACGACGAUGAUGAUGAUGAUGAUGAUGAACGAUGGCUAAGGACGCCGGCUCAGAAGGCUCAGAAGGCUCAGACUCAGGCUCAUGCCGCUCACAAUGACAGGCUGCAGACCAAAACAACUGUCGCAAUACGUCAAAACAACGGCUGCAACAAUAGCAGCAGCAGCAACUAUAGGACAACAGCAACAUCUCAGUCAAACAUUGGCCAAGAAUUAGCGCCAAGGGCCAGCUUUCCGGAGAUAAUGCAGCCACGCCUCUCGCUCAAUGGGCUGCUCAACCCCUCGCUGAUGCCCUCGCCCCGCCCCCUCUAUCGGGAUCACAGCUCGAGGUCAAUCAACCCGCUGACCGCCUAUGAGCAGCAAAUGGCCGAGCUGGAUGGCAGCUUCUAUGCGAGCAAUGCCGGAUAUUUGGGCGCCGGAAUGGGCGGAAGUGCGGGCGGUGGAACCACCUGUACCAAUCUCACGGUGGGCGGUGGUUCGAGUGGUAUUUCAGCGGGUGCAAGUGCAAAGGCAGGUGGUGGUGGUGGACCCUCGCAAGUGGGUGGCACUGGCGGUGGUGGUGCCGGUGGUGCUGGUGGUGCCGCCAUUCACACAACCGAACUCUCGAUCACACCCACAAUGGCCGGCGACGAGCAGUUCAUCGAUCUGGGGAGUCUGCGGCGGUUCUCGAUCGAUCGCCAGAGCUUUCUCGAUCUAGGACCAAAGUUUGGCAUGACCCAGCCUAAAUUCGGGCAGAGUGUCUCGCAACAAGGUUUCUUCACUUCGCACGACAGCCUGGCCACACCAUGCGCCUCCAGGGCCUCCAACUCGCACAUGGCCACUGUAAGCACUGCCUCAGAAAUGGAUCUUCUGCACAACAAGCAACGCAACAAGUCGCGGGGUCGCCUGAAAGCGGCUGCCAGCGGCGACCAGCCGCUCCUGGGCACCUGGAACCGAUCCACGGGCCGCGGCUCGCAGGAUAACACACUGGCCGGCGGCGGCGCCACCAGUUUGGCCAUGGGCGGCCACAACCAGUACGGUGGCAACUACUGCAACGGCACAGAUCGCUACCCGCGCUCCCGAUCGCAGCAGCAGGGGCACCACAAUGCCGCCCAGCAGGCGCACCACCCCUACCAGCUGCAGCACUCGGCCUCCACGGUGUCGCACCACCCGCACGCACAUGGUCCACCCUCGCAGGGUGGCCCGGGGGGGCCAGGACCACCCCACGGCGGCCAUCCGCAUCACCCGCACCACGGUGGCGCCGGUAGCGGGGGCGGUAGUGGGCCAGGAUCCCACGGCGGACCGCCGCACCACCAGAAGCCACGGCGAACGGCCUCGCAGCGGAUCCGAGCGGCGACGGCGGCCAGGAAGCUGCACUUCGUCUUCGAUCCGGCGGGGCGACUGUGCUACUACUGGUCCAUGGUGGUCUCCAUGGCCUUCCUGUACAACUUCUGGGUGAUAAUCUACCGCUUCGCCUUCCAGGAGAUCAAUCGGCGCACGAUCGCCAUCUGGUUCUGCCUGGACUACCUGUCCGACUUCCUGUAUCUGAUCGACAUACUGUUCCACUUUCGCACCGGAUACCUGGAGGAUGGGGUGCUGCAGACGGACGCCCUGAAGCUCCGCACCCACUACAUGAACUCGACGAUCUUCUACAUCGACUGCCUGUGCCUGCUGCCGCUGGACUUCCUCUACCUGUCCAUUGGCUUCAACUCGAUCCUGCGCAGCUUCCGGCUGGUGAAGAUCUACCGGUUCUGGGCCUUCAUGGAUCGCACCGAGCGGCACACCAACUACCCGAAUCUGUUCCGAAGCACGGCCCUCAUCCACUACCUGCUUGUGAUAUUCCAUUGGAACGGUUGUCUCUACCACAUCAUCCACAAGAACAAUGGGUUCGGAUCGCGCAACUGGGUGUACCAUGACUCGGAGUCGGCGGAUGUGGUCAAGCAGUAUCUGCAGAGCUACUACUGGUGCACCCUGGCGCUGACCACCAUCGGGGAUCUGCCCAAGCCGCGCUCCAAGGGGGAGUACGUCUUCGUGAUCCUGCAGCUGCUCUUCGGCCUGAUGCUCUUUGCCACGGUCCUCGGUCACGUGGCCAACAUAGUGACGUCAGUGAGUGCAGCACGAAAGGAAUUUCAAGCCAAGCUGGAUGGCGUGAAGACGUACAUGCGGAUGCGACGUGUGCCGAAUCAUCUGCAGGUGAAGGUCAUCAAAUGGUUCGAUUACCUGUGGCUUACGCAAAAAUGCUCGGACGAGGAGCGCGCCGUGUCCUGUCUUCCUGAUAAAUUAAAGGCUGAAAUAGCAAUUAACGUCCAUUUAGAUACACUUAAGCGGGUGGAGAUAUUCCAAAACACCGAGGCCGGUUUCCUAUGCGAACUGGUACUACGCCUGAGGCCCGUGCUCUUCUCGCCCGGCGACUAUAUCUGCAGAAAGGGCGAGGUGGGCAAGGAGAUGUACAUUGUGAAUCGAGGACGAUUGCAGGUGGUGGCCGACAACGGAAAGACGGUGAUGGCCUCCCUGAAGGCCGGUUCCUAUUUUGGCGAGAUUAGUAUACUCAAUAUGGGCACCGCAGGCAACCGACGCACAGCCAGCGUUCGCUCGGUGGGCUACAGCGACCUCUUCGUCCUGAGCAAGAAGGACAUGUGGGACGUGCUGAAGGAGUAUCCGGCGGCGCGUGUUCGUCUGGAGUCGAUAGCCGUCAAGCGGCUGGAGAAGUACAAGAAGGCCCCACUGGAGAAAGUCAAAUACUUUAAUGUAGUUGCCAUGGGCCGCUGUCAAUCGACGCCCGGCUUGGUGGAGAGCUGUGGGCGGACAUCUCUGGAGGAGAUGUGGUUGCCACCGGCGACGGCCACCGCGUCCUCGCUGAUGCACCACCACCAGGUGCUACAGCAGCAGCCACAUCAGGCAGCGAUUCAGCAGCAACACCUGCCACACCGCCAGGAGUCAACGCAAACCACCUCCCAGACGCACGGCUACAGUCCCCGCAGCUAUGCCGAUCGCUUGGUUCGGGCCACCGACUCGCCCAGAUCGGUUAACCCCAGUGCCCAUGGAUCCGAGGAACGACCACGUAGUCGGACGACUUCGCACCACUCGAUAAGACCCCAAUCUCAACCCAGCCACACGGGUCACAUUUGCGAUUCCAGUUCGCAGUUGGAGUGCUAUGGGGCGGGUGUGGGUGGAGCUGGAGGUGGAACCACGCCCCUUCUGGGCUCCCACGAGGUUCUCGAGGACGAGAUCAAGAGGCUGAGGGAACGACUGCAUACGGUGGAAUCGGAGAAUCAGGCACUGAACACAAAGCUCUCGCAGCAGCAGUGGGAUCUGGAGAAUAGACUGGCCGAGAUCGAGAUGCAAAUCUGCGGAGUGUCGUCCACAUCCAGCGUGGAUCCCGAGAACGAGACGGAGGAGCUGGAACGGAACAGAGAGAGUAUCAUAUAACACGGGAGCGUGCUGCCCCAUCAGGCGAUCGGUAUGGUGUACAUAUCAUGUUCCUCAUGACUCCACGAUCAUCAUUGAUCAUCCGCCAAACUGAGUGCAUCCGGCGAUCUGGCGAUCGGGCGAUUUGGAUCAUUAAACCGCAUCAUAUCGCAUAUAUCUCUCGCCUCCCCAAUCUCCCACUCUCUAUCUGUCUCGUAUUUGUGUUUCUCCCUCUCUCUCUCUCUCACUCACUCACUGUGUUUUGUAUUUGUGUGUGUAUGUGUGUUAUGCAUGCAAUCCAAAUUGCCUUACUAACGAAAAAAUAAAAAAAAAUAAAAUAAAAAAUAAAAACAUACCAGGAGCAGCAGCAGCUAUACGGCAGCAGGAGGAUCGGAAGAAUCAGGAGACGGAGGAUCAGGGGCGCCCACUCGAGAGUGAAACGGGGACUCAGACCUGUGCCAAGUACUUCUCGCUUUAGAGAAGCCCGAACAGAGAGAGAGAUAGAGAUGGGAGGACUGGGCGCCAGAUAGCCCCCAAGAUGUUCAAUUAAUAUCUCUUAUGAUCCCGUGACACCAUAAGUAAAAUAAAACCCAAAAUGGCACUGCCAAGGAAUAUUGUCUGUACAUAGAAAUGGAAGAAAUUCAGAUCAAAAUAUACGCAAAACGAUUGUAAUUGGUUAAGUUAUGCACAGCGGGUCGGAGAAGCUUUAAUAGAUAAUCCGAGAGAACUUUUUCCAGAAGCCCUAGACAACUUGUUACCCAAACACUUACACUUUUUCCAUACUAAGCUCAGAAAUAGAUUGAGAUUUACAUAGAUAUCAUUAGGCCUAGACGCUCUUCGCUCCUUUUAAUGGUUACUAAACCAAACCGAAACGGGUAUUCGAAUUCCCAUUGUAAAUACUUUCGCUCUAGGAACUCAAUUAGCAUUAUGGUCAAUGACAUAAGUAUGGAUCAUCCGAAAAAAUAACUAAAUGAUUACUUUAACUCAUGAGUGUAACAAAUGAAUCGUAUCUAUUGUAAUAUUUGCUAAUUGUAAUUCAAAAAAAUAAAAUUUACUAGAUGUGUAUAUGGGAAACGAUUUACUUUACAACUGAAAAUAAUGCAUAAACAAUUUAUGGACAACUAAGUGAAUAUUUGCAAAAUAUUUGUACUAUUGGAAAAGAACUGCCAGAGCAUACACCACACACUCGAAAAACUAUAUUAAUAAUAAUAAUAAACAUAAAAGAAAACUCGAAGAAAACGCUAAAAGACAUUAAACUAUUAAUAAAACCAAUAUUAAUGAGUAGAUAUGUCAAAAAGAAAACACUUUUAAUGCAAUAUUAUAUUGUACUACUGUCGUAUAUAGUAUCUACAUUAUACAUGAUCUGCAUUAUACUUGAUAUGGUAAAAAUUUAAAGGUCUAAAUGUAUUUAACUUUAGUUAGUUGCCCCAAAAGCCAAAACCAAUGCUGAAGAUUGUAGUUGAGAUAAAAACUAAAUAUUAAUUUAGGCAAGAGGGUUCUGUAGCAGAACGCAGAACGCAGUUCACGAAUCCCCAUAAUAUGGGGGCUGCGAUAAAGAAGAAACAAGUAAUUUAGCUGUAAUUCUAGUUAUACCUAGUUAUACCAUUAGAUGUGUACCAGAGAAGACCAAAAAAGAUCGAGUCUCGAUCGAUUAAGAAAAUUGUUCAGUGUCAACUCCCAAAAUAUUAAAAAACCACAAACUGAGUUGAUAAGGAAAUCUAAUAAUUAUAUAGCUAACUCGAAUAAGAACCUAAACUUUUCAGUAUGAGCCAGGAUACGUUUGAGUAUCUGCCGAGAAAACGGAAUCUGGAACGAAACUCAUUUCAUGCCAACAAUAUAAAGGCCAAAAACUUAAGCUCGAAUUUUGUUAGGAUUUUUCUUAGAUUUUUAUCAACGAGGUAAACCUAUUUUCCUUUUUCUAGAAAACAAAUAGAAGGAAAUUCUUUUUCGUAUUUUUCAACCUAAUUACUUUUUGGAAUAUCAUAUAAUGGAUUAAAAAUUAAUUAAUAAUUACAAUAAACAUUAAAUGGGGUUUCAUCUAAGACAAAGCUUAUACCGAACAAGAAAAGUGUUAAACGGAAACUUGUAAAAGUUUAUCGGAGUUUUUGAUUCCUUAGUUAGCCAAUUAUUGCCAAAGUUAAAGUUGAAUAAUACAAGUAUAACUAAAUUAAACUACAUUUUUAUGGCUUAUUAGCACGCUUAUCGCAGGGCAGAGGCUCUGUUCCUUGUUAGAAUUAUUCCUUCUGAUUUCUUCAAUGUUUUCCGUUAGAGCGCGUAUAGACAUAUAUCUAUUUGUUAUUGAACGUAAAAUACAAGGAACUACAUCGAUUCGGUUGUGUUGUUGACGCCAGGAGAGGGUAAAGUAGGUGGCGAGUUUGAAUGGCUUACAUAAUGAUAAUUUUUUAAAUUAUUUGAUGCAUUGAUAUCUAUGAAACAAGGAAAAGAAAACAAAACAAGAACGUUUAAAGCUUUAUUUUUACUAUAAAUUAAUUAAUUAAUUUAUAAGAACUAAACGGUAAAUUAAUUCAGCAUUGACUUCAUAGCCAAAAAAAACACAGAGACACACCAAAGUUCUCAGAUCAACGGGCAGGAAAAGGAAUUUUUAAAAACGGUCACUAUAUAAAUCAGAUCAGAUCAGAAAAUGCCCCGAUUUGCAGCAGGUAAAUCGAGCUUAUCGUGCGAGAGUUUCAAAGCCGUUUACAUUGCUGAACCACUCUGAAAUCUGAAAAGGGUAAAAUGAAAAACCAAAACAAAUGGAAUUAUAAAGUAAAACGACAAACAAAAACCAGAAAGAAAAACUGAAAUACAAAUAAAAUCAAAACAAAACACAAAAAGAA